AUGACAGUAGACCAGCCAACCGAACCCCAGCAAGAGCAACUUGUGGAUGUUGUGCCUGAACAAGAAGAUGACAACGACGAUGACGCCACAUCCACAGAACCUCGUCGAAAGACUCGUCGCAGCCGCCGUGGAGGAUACCGACGCAAGCGCCAGCAACAAAAGAAGAUUGCCGCCUUGAUGGCAGAGUCUGCCGCUCGUCGCGAGGAAGGAGCCAAGCCAGCCAAGGAUGACAGCUCCACCGCUACCGCCACCACCGACGGAGAGACUUCGUCCUGUGAAUCCGCCGGAUCUCCCGAGCGCACUGUGGCUCGCAAGAAGCGAAACAACCCACGCAAGGAGCAGCAGCAACAACAAUACCAAGGGUACUACAACAGCAACAACAUGAUGUACAACAACCACGCCAUGAUGAUGCCAGCAGUCCAAGCUCCGUACCAACAACAACAGUACUACGGGGCCAUGCCUCAGCAACAGCAAUCCGCAUCUCCCAACAAGAGGGGAGGAAAGAAACGUGAUUUGACCAAGCAGCAAAAGGAUCUCUACGUUGCCCUCGACUGUGAAAUGGUGGGCGUCGGAGAAUAUGGAGCCCACUCUGUCUUGGCUCGUGUUACCAUGAUUGACUGGUAUGGCAACACCCUUAUGGACGAACUCGUCAAACCCCAAUGGGAGGUCACAGACUACAGGACCUUUGUCUCGGGCAUUACCAAGGAAAUGCUGGAUGCCGCCAAGGUUGACUUUGCAACUUGCCAAAAACAAGUCCUGGCACUCUUGCACGGCAAGAUCCUUGUCGGCCAUGGACUCAAGUCGGACUUGAGUGUCUUGGGAAUCACCCAUCCAUGGUACAUGAUUCGUGACACGGCCAAGUAUGAACCCUACAUGAAGAUCCGCUAUCAGGACGGGGGCUUGUGGCCCCGUGCUUUGAAAGAUCUCUGCAAGGAAAUGUUGAACCGCGAUAUCCAGGUACAGGGCCGUGCACACUGCCCCAAGGAAGAUGCCAUGGCAGCACUGGACUUGUACAAGUGUGUUUUGGAACCAUGGGAAAACUCCAUGGAGUACCACUGGAACAGGUCCAUCACAAUGCAACGCCACAGGAUGGCGCGCCAACAACGUGCGGUUGUUGCCAUGUAA